AUGACAAGCGGAGGAUACUCCACCCCCAGACAGAGGAAUACGAGGCAGGCAACCAACAGAUCUCGGAUGAAUGCGAUGUCCGAUGCGCUGGCCCACGGGCAGUCAGCUUUCGAGGAUUUUGCAGCUCGGAAUGCAAUCCACGAAUCUAAGAAAUCCCCAGUGCCUGACCUCCGACAUCUUCCCCAGGCAACAAAGCUAGUUGUUGCUUGA